UUGUGCUGGCGGUGGUUGCGAAGGCCCACAAGAGAGCUGGGAUGUCCUUGGAUGUCCUUCGCAGGAGCACCCAUCACAGACGGGUGGAUACAGCCAGCCUGAAUUUGGCAUCCAUCAUCAUGCGGCUUGUGCCCUCUUGCAUUCCCGUCUGUGCCGCAUGACCGAAAAGCAGACCUGAUGGACGAGUAUGGUGCUCGGUAAGGUUGGGAAUGAAUAAAUGAAUGACGCCUGGGGAAAGAUCUAUCGUCCGCACGUUUUCGAUGAGGGACCCCAUGGGGUCACGGCGCCAGCGCCCUUCUGCGAAGCCGUUCCUGAUGCGCUCCGCUCUGCAGAAUCGCCCUAUUAAACCGGAGCCAUGGGCGCUUCCUGAUCCUUAGAGCGGUCGCAUUCCACCCCCCUCUUUUAUCCCUCGCACCUUCUCCUCUCGCCCUACUACAAUGCCUGGCGGUGGAGCCGUAUCCUCAGGUGCCGGCGUUGGCGAGCACAUCCAGACCAAGUCCAAGCUCGCCGGUGUCCUCAUCGUCGCAUUUGCCGCGUUUGGAGGCGUGCUCUAUGGCUACGACACCGGCACCAUCUCCGGCAUCAAGGAGAUGCACAACUGGCUCUGCACGUUCGGUACCGAUCACGGCGACGGCACUUGCACGAUAGACUCCUCCCGGGAGUCGCUCGUCGUCUCCAUCCUCUCCGCCGGCACCUUCUUCGGAGCCUUGCUCGGUGCCCCCAUGGCCGACAUCGUCGGGCGCAAGUGGGGCAUCGUCUUCUCGUGCUUGGUCUUCUCCAUCGGUGUCGCCAUGCAGACCGCUGCGACUCAAAUCGCGCUCUUCGUCGUCGGCCGCGUCUUCGCCGGCCUCGGCGUCGGCCUCAUCUCGACCCUCGUGCCCAUGUACCAGUCCGAGUGUGCCCCAAAGUGGAUCCGCGGCGCCGUCGUGUCCGGCUACCAAUGGGCCAUCACGAUCGGCCUCCUCCUCGCCGCCAUCGUCAACAACGCCACCAAAGGCCGCCCGGACCACUCUUCCUACCGCAUCCCGAUCGCCAUCCAGUUCGUCUUCGCCGCCGUCCUCUCCGCCGGCCUCGCCUUCCUCCCCGAGUCUCCGCGCUGGCUCGUCAAAAAGGGCCGCGACGCCGACGCCGCCGCCGCCCUCGGCCGCCUCACCUCCGUCCCCGCCUCCGACGCCGCCGUCCAACUCGAGAUCGCCGACAUCCGCGCCAACCUCGACGCGGAGACCGCGCUCGGCGAGUCGUCCUACCUCGAUUGCUUCCGCGGCUCGGCCGGAAACAAGAUCGGCCUCCGCACCUUCACCGGCAUCGCCCUCCAGGCGCUCCAGCAGCUCACCGGCAUCAACUUCAUCUUCUACUACGGCACCACGUUCUUCCAGAACUCGGGGAUCAAGGACCCGUUCCUGAUCAGCAUCGCGACCAACGUCGUCAACGUCGGCAUGACCGUGCCCGGGAUGUGGGGCGUCGAGCGCUUCGGGCGACGCCGCCUGCUCCUCAUCGGCGCGAUCGGCAUGUGCAUCUGCGAAUACCUCGUCGCCAUCAUCGGCGUCACCGUCUCCGUCAACGACCACGCCGGCCAGCAAGCGCUCAUCGCGCUCGUCUGCAUCUACAUCGCCUUCUUCGCGUCUACAUGGGGACCGAUCGCCUGGGUCGUCAUCGGCGAGAUCUACCCGCUCAACAUCCGCGCCAAAGCCCUCUCCAUGGCCGCCGCCUCGAACUGGCUCUGGAACUUCGGCAUCGGCUACGCCACGCCCUACCUCGUCAACGACGAACCCGGUUCCGCCGGCCUAGGCUCCAAGGUGUUCUUCAUCUGGGGAUCGACCUGCCUGUGCUGCAUCAUCUUCACCUACUUCUGCAUCCCCGAGACCAAAGGCCUCUCUCUGGAGCAAGUCGAUAUCCUGUAUCAGAACACUACUCCGCUCCGCUCCAUCGCCUACCGCAAGCGGAUCUUCGAGAACGACGUUCACGCGUCGGAUCCUCACGCGCUGGAGAAGAUCCGCGACGAGCAGCACAACGAGCACGCCGACGAGAAGGUCUAA